CUCGACAGUCUUGAUUUUAUGUGUAUAAUUUAUUUCUAACAUGAUAUUGUGCUAUCUAUUUGGAAGCUCUUAUUGGUUAUUUGGUUGAGUUUCCUCUGGACAAGAACUAUUUAUCUGGAUUCUGGAAUGACCUUUAUGUCCUCAAUCUCUGUCCUGCAAGAUUAUACAUGUUACUAUACCAAAAAAGGAGUUUAUGUGAGACGAAUUGGGUAUAUGAUUAACUAGCUUCAAAUAAAGCCUUCUUGCUGCAGUGGUGUUAUUUCGAUAUAUUUUACCUUGUUAUUUUUAAUAUAUUAUCCUCUAUGUUGUGGGUGAGUUUGGAUCAUGUAUCUGAUGGUCCUGCAGUAAGGUGCUUGAAUAUGACCGUCUAGUGGGAUGGUGGAAGAUUUCACUUCCAUUUAUUUGGACAGUUUUUUAUUUGGUUGAGAGUUACCUCCAUGCAACUGCAAACUGAGGCAUGAAAUAAGUUGCCAAAGUGUUCGUCCGGCUAAUUGCGUAUCAAACCUGGACAUACAAUACACCAUGUUCUAUCCAAUCUGAGGAAAACAGUUCUUAUGUAACUUAUUACCUGGCAAGCUUCGACUAGGUUCUAUGAUGUCCGGCUACAGAUGUUUUUGAUAACAAGCAACUAGUAAAGCUGAUGUGCUGGCAAAACAGUUGAUUCAUGAAACAAGGAGUAGCUCCUACCAGCUACAGUUAAAAGAUGUCACCUGAGUAUGGUAAGUCUAGAGUUUCAGAAGUCCCACCGGCACUUAUCCCAUACAUUCAACUGUCCAAGGACUUGAAUAGUUGGUUUGCUAGGGGACACCACGUUCAUGCUUCACAUUGUAACAGCACUAUGCCGAUGGGCUGAAUAUCUGUUCAGAUCAUUUGACUCAACAGCAGAAGAUGUGUAGUUUCUUAUGGGUGUUAGGAUAUGUUUACAAAGAAGUGUAUUUAAGUAUAAACCCCCAUACUCAAUUAUUCUUUGGCGCAGGAUAACAUUGCAAUGUCCAUACUAUCAUGGCUGAUGGACGGCGUCUCAUUUCAUUUCCUAGCUGUGACAAGUGUUCUCUUCUUGUCUCCUAGAAGAGCUCUCUGAUCCAUCAUGGCAUCACAAUCAUACAUUUUCCUCAGUCACUAUUGCCCUCCAUUUCCCAGCCUUCAUUUUACAGACUUGUCACAACUCACAAUGCCGACCUCGAUGCUGAGGCAGCAGAUUAAAAUGGAGAAGGCACUUUCUUUACAUUGUUCCCUCAUGUGACAUGCACCUUUACUUGAAAUCUGUUAGUCCACCACCAAAGGUUUUGCUUUUGUUUAUAUGGACGAUGAAAGAGAUGCAGAAGAUGCUAUUCGUGGACUUGACCGAAUAGAAUUUGGUAGAAAGGGCCGCAGACUUCGCAUUGAGUGGUCAAAGGAAGAGCGUAGCAGUAGGAGGCCAGAGAGCUCUAGGAAAUCUUCAUCUAGCGUCAAACCUUCGAAGACUUUGUUUGUCAUAAAUUUUGAUCCACAUAAUACUAGGAGCAGGGAUAUAGAGAGGCACUUCGAUCCGUAUGGAAAAAUACUCAAUAUAAGGAUUAGAAGGAAUUUUGCGUUUGUCCAAUAUGAAACGCAGGAGGAUGCUUCUAGAGCCUUGGAUGCUACACACAUGAGUAAACUGAUGGAUCAAGUCAUUACAGUUGAAUAUGCAAAUAAAGAUGAUGAUGACAGGAGAACUGGGUUUAGUCCUGAUAGAAACCGUGAUAGGGGUGGUCUCAGGAGAGGUUAUGACCGAGAUCGAUCUCGGAGUCCUUAUGGAAGAGAGAGGGGAAGUCCUGAUUACGGUCGUGGUCGGGUCCGUAGCCCAAGUCCACUCCGUCAUGGUAGGUCAAGUCCUGAUUAUGGUCGUGGCGCUAGUCCAAAUCCCAAUCAUAGGGAAAGGAAUUCUGAGUAUGGUCGUGGCCAUAGUCCAAGCAUGAGAAAGGAGAGGAACCCUGAUCAAGGAAAUGGUCAUAGCCCAAACCCUAGGAGGCUGAGAGCUGGUUCUGAAAAUGGCCAUGUGAGCAGUCCACCGGAGGAAGGAAUGUUGGAUGAUCGUAGAGCCAGCCCUAGUCCUCCAAGGGGGAGGAGAGAGAAACAGAGCCCAGAUGGUUAUCGCGGUCGCAGCCCAAGGUCUAAACCUGAAGAAAUUGAUAGUCCUGGAUAUGCUGCAGCAGAAAGCCCUCUUCCAGAACGACACAGGAGCGAUUCACCUCCAGCUAGAGAAAGAUCUCGCUCCUAAUUUGUUCGGCAUCAGCCUCUGACUUUGGAGUCAUAUGUGGAGGGACGGUCCCCUUGCUGAGUGGUGCUGUAGAAGUAUGCUUUAAGCAGCUGGAACAUCAAAAUUUCAUGUCUUUGUUUGCAUUUCAUAUGUUCAAAAUUCCAGUCACUCUAGCAUGGCUUUGACAAUUGGUCUCGUACUUGAAAUAGACUUGCUAGUAUUACUUGUUCUGUUUUGAAGUUGAAAGUCCCAUUGGUAAAACUUGGAUCGCGCAUUUGAGUUGAGCGAAAAAACAAUUUGCUUAAUAUUUA